GCUAAUAAAUCACGAUAUUAAACAUGAGUUCCCGCCAGGAUCAACUCAAAUCGCUCAUCGAAAAGUCCCGCAACCAACCGCCCGAGUCGGACGACGGCUACGGGACGGCGUCGAAAUCUGAUUCCAGCACCCAUGGCUUUCCCUCCCAGCUGAUGGCCGCGCGUGGCCGCGCAAGACUAAUCACACAGUUGAUGAAAUCAUCGGCCCCUCAACCAGGAGGAGACAGUUUGCUGGAGGAUACGAGUAAUCUAAGCAUCGGUAGCCGGGGACGCUUCGUCCAGAAUCUGAUGUCAAUGAAAAAGUCUCCGAGCGAGGUUCCGAAACCGUCUUCCGAAGUCGCAGCAUCUACAUCGAAAGCCCCACCGAUAGCAACAACCGCCGAACGGUCCCAAGAUGCCAGUCUACCGACCGAACCGGUCAUUCGAACUGGAGAAAGCGGCACCCCGAUCACGCUGACAACCAACUUCAUGAAACUCAAGCGUAAAGAGGGUUUCGGAUUGUUCUUGUACACGGUUGACUUUGAGCCAACGGUUGACUCGAAAUCGGCACGCUACAACUGUGUUAAGCAGAACGCCAAAGACUUUGGCGAGUCGCACACCUACUCCGGCGACUUGCUGAUGUUGUCGAGGAAACUGAAAGCUCCCGUGACAACGUACACGGCUCGCCAUCCGCACGAAGGAACCGUAGUGCGCCUGGAGGUCACUUUCCGGGGGGAGAAGCGUUUGAGCGAAAGUACAUGGUUCUACAACAACCUGUUCAAACGCCUGAUGGGUAUCCUGCAGCUCACAACGAUCGCACGCGGGAACUUCGAUCCGUCGAUGGCCCGCAUCAUCCCGCACCAACGGCUCGAGGUGUGGCCCGGGUUCGUGACGGCCGUAAACGAGUUCGAGGGCGGUCUGAUGCUGAACCUUGAUGUUUCGCACCGUGUGCUCAUGCAAACGACCGUGUACGACCAGCUGAAGCUAAUGGCCAACGCGGACCGCGGCCGUUUCCAAGACAAUGCUCGAAAGGUCCUGCUUGGGGCGGUGGUGCUAACGCGCUACAAUCACAAAACCUACCGCAUUGACGAGAUUCUUUUCGACGAAAGUCCCUCGUCGCAGUUCACGUGCCAGGGCAGGGAUAUGUCGUACGUCGAGUACUACCGCCAGCAGUACGGUAUCGAGAUACACGAUCACAACCAGCCACUCCUGCUGCACCGGCAGGAGCGAAACGAGUCCGGCUCACGCAAACGGCAGGAGAUGAUCAUCUGCCUAGUGCCGGAAAUAUGCUAUAUGACUGGGCUGACUGACGAUAUGCGCAACGACUUUAAGGUGAUGCGUGAGAUCGCGACUUACACGCGCGUUCAGCCGCACCAGCGGCUCGACUCGAUGCGUCGGUUCUGCGCGAACAUCAACGCAAACGCGGAUGCCCGGAAGCUGCUCUCCGACUGGGGUCUGGAGCUGGUGGAUGAAUCGACCAAGUUGGUCGGUCGAACACUGGACCACGAGAAGAUCCAGUUCGAUGGCGGAGUCGUGAGCGCUGGGGUGCAGGCCGACUUUAGUCGCGGCGCAAUGGAGCAACGAAUGCUUGAGCCGGUAGACAUUUUAGACUGGGUACUGGUUUACACACAGAAGGAUGCACGCUACGGCAAAAUGUUUCUCGAAAACAUGCAACGCUACUGCCGUCCGACCGGCGUAGAGAUCGGCAUGCCGCAGAUCGUAGUCCUGCCGGAGGACAGAGCUCCGCUCUACGCGAACGUGCUGCGGAAGCAAAUUACCCCGCAAACACAGAUCGUGGUCUUUAUUUGCCCGAGCAUGCGCGAGGAUCGCUAUUCCACAAUCAAGCGCGUCGCAUGCUCGGAGAUUCCGGUUCCGACGCAGGUCGUUCUCACUCGUACCCUGUCGAACGAGGCGCGCAACCGCGCAAUCGUCCACAAGAUCAUCCUGCAGAUGAACUGCAAGGUUGGAGGGUCCCUGUGGGGCGUCAAAAUUCCCCUCCAGGGCACCAUGAUCUGUGGCAUCGACACGUACCACGAGACAAAGAAGGGCAACGACUCCGUGGCCGCCCUCGUGGCAUCGCUCGAUUCCACCUUCACCCAUUGGUACUCGCGGGCUACGAAGCAGCGCACCAAGGAGGAGAUGUCCAACGGGCUGUGUGCCUCGCUGCUCCUUGCCCUGCGCGCGUACGAAACCCGCAACGGUGAGCUGCCGGGGCGUAUCAUCAUCUUCAGGGACGGGGUCGGUGACGAUUUUUUGGCCGUAUGCGAACAGUACGAGAUAAUGCAGAUGCAAGGAGCGUUCGCGAUGGUAAACUCUGGGUACCGGCCGAGGCUCACGUACAUCGUCAUGCAGAAACGCAUCCUCACGCGGUUCUUCGCACUGAACCAGGCGGAUAAAACAGUCUCCAACCCGCCACCGGGAACCAUUCUCGACCACACAGUGACCCGGCGCCACCUGUACGAUUACUUCCUCGUCUCGCAGACCGUCCGCCAGGGCACGGUUACACCGACGCACUUUGUCGUCGUGCGGGACGAGUGCGACUUUCGGCCCGAUAUACUGCAGCGAUUGAGCUACAAGCUGUGCUUCCUGUACUACAAUUGGCCCGGAAGCAUACGCGUUCCAGCCUGCUGCCAGUAUGCGCACAAACUAGCGUACCUUGUCGGCCAGUCGGUUAAACGCGAGGUGGAUGAGUCGCUCUGCGACAAACUUUUCUACCUCUAAUGAUGGACGAAUCGAACCGAAGCUCCCUGUGCCUUCUCACAUAUAACAAGCUAGCCAAGCCAGCAUUAAGAUCGGGAUAAGUUUCAUUCACAGAAUAUACUGGCGACGGUACACCAGCGACGGCAGUCUUCAUUGGCGCGCUUUGAUGAAACCACCGAAUCUUUCUCAUUCGAUGGACCCCACUCGAAGCCGUUCCUAUACAAACAACGGAGCUCCAACGAUCCCUGUGCAUUGUAGAUAACAUAAAAAUCUCAAAAA